AUUCUAUGCCUGAUCACAUAUCUUACAAUACGAAAUCAAAUGGAUAGUCAAACCGGUGAAAUUUUUCAUAAAAGGGCAUCUGCAGCAAUUAUAAGGGGGUUUGGGUCUCUAUUUAUACCCGACGUGAUUGAAAUUUCCAGUUUGAACUCGCGGAGCCGCCAUAUGACACAAAAACGAAGCGCCCGCCCCACAUGCCCGAUGGCAGAAAAAUGAAACACCGACCAUACUCUGCACUCUUUACAUUUCAGGUUUGCUUUGAUUGUAGAUAUUGGUUUAAUAGCGUUCCAAGUGUAACAUUUGUUGGAAAUGGUUGGUCAAAGGGAAAUUUUAGGGCCGAAGAGUAUGAACUGUCGUGAAGAUACCAGAAAGGGAGGUCCUUCAACGCUCGAGAACUUGGUAGAUAACGACACUGUGCUGUGCUUCAAUGAGAAUGUAUAUGUUGAUUCUUCCUUUAGAGAGAAUGAGUUGGGAUAUAUGAACAAUUUUAGGUUGAGAAUACCGCUUGAAACCUCGAACAGUAUUACCAAAAGUGGGAAAAGUACACCUACUGAUGAUUAUAGUACUUGGGAAAAAAUGAAGAAGCAAUAUGGUAUCUCCUAUGCAGAUAUCCAUGGUCAUUUGAGUUCUUUAACUGAAGGCAAUUUGACAACAAGCAAAGUAUCUUCAAGUACAGGUAAAAUUAGUGAGUUGCAUCUUCAGUCAAGUUCACCUUCCAAAGGAAAUAAGAGCAAGAGCUCAUUCCAGAUACCUGACCCCAAACUCGUGGAAAUUGCAAAGAAGUUGGUGUCAUCAGUACGAGACGUUCUUCCACAAGGCUCAAAAUGGGAUGAUGUAACCAGCCUAGAACUUCACAAUGCAGAUCUUAGUACUGCACUUUUCCUAACAGAUAUUUUACCCUCGUUAAUCAGUAUUGAUCUCCUGGGAAACAAACUAGUUGAUUUUGAGGGAUUUCCAACACAAGUCCACUGCUUGUUUCUCUCAAAGAAUAAAAUUUCCACUGAAUUCACACAAUUUGAUAAAUUUAACAACUUGAAGGUGUUGGACCUCUCACACAACCAGAUAACAAACUUGGAAUGUUUCAGAACGUUGGUCAACCUAAGGGUUCUAAAAUUGGCCAAUUGUGAUAUUAGGAAGAUGACAAGUCUCCCAGUGGUGCAAAAAUUAAAUCUCACCAACAACAAAAUUCGUGGACUCGUGAAUUUCGAGUGUCUUCAUUUUGAGAGUUUAACUGAAAUAAACCUUUCACACAAUGCGAUCACCAGGUUAAGGCUCUAUCUGAGCAGUUUGAAAAGCCUUCGAGUUUUAAAUCUGGUGGGUAAUCAGAUAACAGAAGUGCAGAUCAUUGAUAAAAUGCCGAAAUUGAAGAAACUUACAUUGCUCGGUAACAGGAAUAUUGGACAAUUAAACGUUGGGUCCAAAUUGAAUCAUCUUAAGUCGUUAUCAGUUGACGGUAGAUGUAAACUAAAAGGGAAGUUCGAUGAAUUGACUGAUAUCAAUAUAGAGCAUGGCUGCCGACUUGAAGCAAUUGUUCAACUGAAUGAUGGUUCUGGGUUGAAAAUCAACAAACACUUGCAUAGGCUUCGGAUUGUUCACUGCGGAUUAACCUUUGAAGAUUUAAAGAUACUUUACGAACAUUACCCACACAUUUCCGAAUUUGACUUGAGCCACAAUGACAUAAUGUGCUCAUUUGAAGAGUUCGUUGAAGCCUUCACACGAUUCAAAGGUGUAAAACGCAUUGACGUUGAGCACAACCCCAUGGUUAAGCGCCUCGAUAACACCACUUUGGAAUUAUUCAGACUCAUGGUUUACAAAAUGACGCAUAAAUAGUGACGUC